UUUUCCAUUGUUUUUGCACAUGCCUAGUUUAACCGAUGGUCAAAAAAAACUGAAAAGUAAUCCUGGUUCACUGUAAGUUUAAUACAAAUUGAGCAAAGACAUGGUUCUGUUACCUGACCCCAGUAGGGUGGAACUGAGGACAGAGAUUGUGGAAGUGUAUAGCUAUAAAACUGAACUGAAAGUAAAUUGGUAGCAUUGCACCUGUCCAUAAGCCAGAGUUUAGAAAGCAUGAGUGGGAAAAGAGUUAAGUAUUACUCUUUUGACUCGUAUUGUUCAUACACCCCUCCCAUGGGCCUGUUAGGGGUUGAUGGUGUCACUCUAGCCUAAGGGCAUUAUAAAUACCCCCUGCAUCACUGGCCCCAACACCAGGCUGAAUGUCUGCAGGACAUGCUCACUCUUUAUUUGUCUAUCUUUACUAGCACUAACCUGCAUUCAGACAGAUGCAGACACCAACAGCUGUCAGUCCCAGACACAAAUCUUUAUGACAAAAAUCGAUGAUUUCACUCUAAAGUCAGGUGUUAGAGAAGUGUCUGUGCUUUAAAAGUUACCAUCCGUUGUUUUUAGUAUCCUUCCACCAAAAUAUAUCAGGCUCCUGCUGUAAAUUUAGAGUUGAUCGGACACACGUAUCGUUCUUAGUGAAACGCCCCUCCAGUGUUUUGAACUCACCUCUACUGCAGCCAUGUGGGAGUUCCGGUCCAUGUCUUUCUGGCGGGCCGUUUUUGCCGAGUUCUACGGCACAAUGUUUUUUGUCUUCUUUGGCCUUGGUGCUGCUUUGCGCUGGACCAGUGGCGCUUACAACGUGCUCCACGUGUCCUUCUGCUUUGGGAUGGCGGCUGCCACGUUCAUCCAGUCCAUCGGUCACAUCAGCGGUGGCCACAUCAACCCGGCCGUCACCUUCGCCUACGUGGUCAGCUCCCAGAUGUCCCUGUUCCGUGCUUUCUUCUACAUAUGUGCUCAGUGUUUGGGGGCGCUGGCUGGUGCUGCUGUUCUGUAUGGAGUGACGCCGGGCAACAUGAGGGGCAACCUGGCUCUCAAUACACUGCAGCCCGGUGUUAGCCUCGGGAUGGCCACAACCAUAGAAGUGUUCCUGACUUUGCAGCUGGUGGUGUGCGUCUUUUCUGUAACCGAUGAUAGGCGUAAUGGUCGUAUGGGCUCUGCUGCUCUAGCCAUCGGCUUCUCCGUGCUCAUGGGCCAUCUGCUUGGGAUGUACUACACUGGUGCUGGAAUGAACCCUGCCAGGUCCUUUGCACCUGCCGUGAUUUUCAGGAACUUCAUCAACCACUGGGUGUACUGGGUUGGCCCUUUUAUUGGCGGUGCUAUGGGUGCUCUGCUCUACGACUUCAUUCUGUUCCCACGUAUGCGUGGCUUCUCCGAAAGAAUCGCCGUGCUCAAAGGCAGUCGACCCGCCGAAGCCGAGGGCCAGCAGGACACACGGGGCGAGCCCAUCGAGCUCAAAACACAAGCUCUAUAAACAAACAGUCAGGAAUGGUUGCCGUUCUUGCCCUUUUAUCACCUCACCGAACGCAUACACUUAUACCCUUUUUUAUCCUCCUCACUCUGCAUCCAGAGCCUGGGCGUGUUGAACCAUCUCCCACAUCACCUUCACCUCACCCCUUCAGACUGCACGACCUAGAACGAGGCUUUAGUAGAAGACUUUGGCACGUAGGGCAGCGCUCUGUGGCUAAAUCUGCUCAGGACAGGGGCGUCUCUUUGACUUGUAGUGCGCUACAGUAGUGGACUUCAUUCUGCAUGCUUUUUCGGUUUCACAGUGUUCUUGAGUGUUCGCUAUUGUUUUAGCAAGUUUUCACUUUUGUUUUGUUUUUAUCUUUUAUUAUAUUAUAGAAAAUUGAAGGUAAUUUCAAGGCAACUGAGAUAUAUUUCCAGUUGUGUGUGUGUGUUUUAUUGAGUUUUUAUUUAGGCUUUUUAUUCCCAUUAUAUCAUGUUUGUUUUUUGUUUUUCUAAGCGAAAGCCACCCCCAGCGUUACAUUUUGGUGUCUUGAUGAAGCAAUAUGUUAUGAGAGGACAUGUGAUUUUGACAUGCAUAGGGACGUUCUUAUGCAUGGAAAAAGUCCGGACACCUUCGAGCAGCUCAUUGCUUUUUCUUUUUAAAUAGAGACAAAAACAACUACUUUGUUCAAGCUCUGUCAGAGUUUAGUAUAACACAUUCAGUGGAAAGUGCAUUCUGCACUCUUCCUCAUACUUGAGCUCACAGAUGCCUACGAUUGCUUAAUGUCACUCUGACGAGGAAGACAAUGCCAUCCAGUUUUAUCACUCCAGCUAAAGGUGGCCGUGGCAUCAUUAAGAUUCAAGCUUGUGAUCUUCCAACAUCAUGUAAUUUAUUACUAGUUAUAUUCAGUAUAAAUAGUCCACUAUGCAGUGUAAUCUGUUAACAGUAAGCUUUGGUUGCUAAGCAUACAUAACAGACAACGAUCUGGGCCUUCUGUAAGGCAGAAGUUAUUCAACAUGGCGUAAAAGUAUCGAAGAUCUAGAGCACGGCUCUCAGCCAAUCAGAAGUGAGAGAGCUGACCCGAUCCCUUUAUAUAAUUUCCAUCCCCCCCCCCCCUCCCACAGUUUGUUAUUCGAAAUCUUUAAAAGAAAAUUUCAGUGUCUGGACUCAAUUAUCUCUCUUAACCACAACCCUAGUUAAUGAAAAUGUCCCUUCUUAAUACACAUGUAAGUUUCUGUGUUUUAUCAAACUCAUGUGAACCAACACUGUUCUUGUACCUCCAGGAUUUCGGAUUGUUGAUUGUAAUUUUAACUUGAUUUAUUUUUUUUUCUGGCAUGCAUUUCCUAAUCAUCCGUCACUAUAAGACUUGGCCUGC